AUGCACAACACGAGGCGCACGAUGGAUAAACCGCUUCCUACAGAAAGGCCGGCUCAGACGGUAUCUGAGAUCCUUGACGCUCAAUCCAAGGACAAAUCCCAUGGGCGGUUCGGAUUGACCCCGUCACUGAUACGACUCUACUCGCUCCUUGCCCCCGCCUGCCUCGUAAUCUGCGCUACAAACGGCUACGAUGGCUCUGUGCUCACCGGCCUCCAGGGCAUCGAGCGUUGGAGGUCGCAGUUCGGCGAUCCAAAGGGCGCUCUUCUGGGCAUUACGACGGCCGCCUUACCCCUGGGCUCCAUUGUCUCGACCCCGUUCUCGGCCUGGCUGUCGGACCGUUGGGGCCGGCGCUCGUCCAUACUGGUCGGGAGCUUCAUCAUGAUCAUUGGCGUCAUCUUGCAGUGCGUCAGCACAACGAUCGGCGCCUUCCUCGGCCGCCGGAUGAUCAUCGGCUUCGGCAUCACCAUGGCCCUGACCGCUGGGCUCAUUCUGAUCUCGGAGCUCGCACAUCCCCGCCAUCGCGUCUUCUUCAGCUCGCUGUACAACACCAGCUUUUAUCUCGGAGCCCUGAUGGCGGGUUGGAUCACCUUCGGCAGCUGGCCCUUGGAAGGCCCCUGGGCCUGGCGCCUGCCGACGCUCUUCCAAGCCGCGCCCGCCUGCGUCCAGAUGUUCUUUGUCUGGUUCCUCCCCGAGAGCCCCCGGUGGCUGGUCUUUCGUGACAGGAGCGACGAGGCAUACGAGACACUGGCGAGAUAUCAUGGAGGAGGGAACUGGGAGGAUCCCCUAGUUCGAGCCGAGUUUUGGGAGAUGAAAGAAACGCUCAUGGCAGAAAAGGCAGCAAAGGGCAUUGGUCCCGGCAUAUUCCUGAAAACACCGGCGAACCGUAAGCGCUUGUUGAUUCUGUUAAGUUUACGUAAAGAAACCUUCCUAAUCACAUUGGCUGUCUUCGGACAGUGGUCUGGCAACGGGCUCGUAUCAUACUAUUUGACAAAGAUUCUCACCAGCAUCGGAAUCACGACCCAAGGGGAGCAGACGAUGCUGAACUGA